UCUAGCUUUAGAUGGUAGCAGAGCCGACAGCGGUUCUCUGAUUGAAUUGAUUUGAUUUGUCAGGCAUAUUUGGCCUGUUAUUUGAAGUGUUAUCCGCGACCAGCAAGGCGCAGGUCUAUACCACAGCAAAGUGCACACCACAAGCGGUGCAAGUUCCUCAUCUGACGUGGAUUUCCAGCUUCGGUUUUCGGUACGGUAUCUUCAGCGAAGAACCGUGCUGUUUCCUUAGCUGUGCAAGAGUGCAAGAGUUUAGUCGUCAGUGUUCCUCGGUGUAGAGUCUUCAGCGAAGACCUACACUGGUGUCACUGAUACUCGGCAAGGCUUCAGCGAAGCCUAAGCCGUGGGCCACAAGAGGCGAAGCGCCGAAAGGGGCGCACGGGGAAAAGACAGAUCAGACUCCUCCAAACUGGUUGUAGAGCACUACUGUUGCUACGGCACAGCCGGCACAGUAUUAGAUUAAUAGCGCGAGGCACGCUACGGAACAGCGGCGACGCGGGAGCGGAGUUGGAAGAAGAAUCUGGAUCAUUCGGAUCAUUUUCCCCGUGGAACGCGGAACGGACGGACGGUCAACAGAUUCAAAACGGAGAAAAUGGCACAGAAAGGUCAGGCCACUCCUAAAAGCUCAGGAUCCGCAUCGGAGAUAAACAGAUCUACGGGCUAUAACCCAAAGUGUCCGGACUGUUUAAGGAAUAACAGAAAAGUUGAUAAGAAGUUCCCGUGCUACACAUGUGUUCACAAGUUGGGGGACCCACACAUCGUCUCACUCGUGGGACUUAUGGAAGCCAAACGCGGGAACAUGGAUGUCUUUCGAAACCUCAUCAGUGCGAGGAAUUACGGCAGUAUCCCAGUUGAAGAACGAAUGCUACUGGAGGAUCGUUACCGGGAAGCGAUCCAGAAUAACGAAAGUGGAUGGGACGAGACCUUGGAGCCGUUAAAAUGCCCACAAACGGACGCAUACCGAAAGAAAUUUGAGGAGGAACAGGAAAAGAUGCGGCAGCAACAGUUGGAGGACGAACUCCGGGCAAAGAUCAAUGCGGCUAACCAAAAGGCGAGCGAACAGGCUGCACGAGAGGCGCUGCCAAACCCGUCGAGUUCAAAUGUACCGACAGCCAGCCUCAACGAAGAUGAAGCACAGCUGACACGUCAGUCUCUGAUUAUUCAGAUUGAUACGCUGACGAGUGAUCCGGCCGCUAUGCAACAGGAACUAUUUGAUGCACUGUUGCGGGAAAAGUUGAGACUGCAGAAGGGUUUCGCUCCGGCACCAUACAUAAGGAAGGCAGUUGAAGAACGUAUGGAGGAGCUACGCAAAUCCCGUCAGAAUGAGAGUAAUGUUCUACAGGCGCUCAGAGGAUUCAGACGAGAUGACGUGUUCACACGGCCCCGUUCCCCUCCGCAUAGAGAAAGGUCACGCGGACAUUCAAGGGAACACGAGCGAAUCUCUGAAAGGCGGAGCGAAAGGUCACGUGAACAUUCUCGUGAAAGGACACGGGAUUACCGCAGCGAAAGGUCACGCGAACGUUCCCGUGAUCGCGAUUACCGUGGCGGAAGAGGAUGGGUGCGCCAUGGAAACGAGAUAACUGAGACAAGCAUUCAGCGGAAAAUCGAUACGGCAAAGAUCUUGGCCGCGACAAGAGGACGUGAAGAGCAACGGCGUGCGGAGACUUACCGUACAGAGCCUGAAAAGAAAGGUCAUCAGGUGCCGUUGGAAGUUGGAUUCCGCAACCGCAAUGUUAGAAUGUCAACACCCGAAAGGUCAUGGGAUAAAAGGCGCGAACACACGCGAAAUCGAACGCCAGACCCACAGGAUAAACGAUGGCAGGAAAGAGCAAGGUAUUAUGCGGGUUUUGAAUCUGGCGCAAGCAAAAGGUCAUCGAGCGCAGAACGGGAAGAUUCACCCCCGAAGUAUCAGCGGAUGGAAUCAGUGUUCAUGUAG